CGGUGUGGGCUCGGCUGGGCUUUAUGCGCCGCAGUUCGGCUCCGCCUGUCAUGGAGCUCGUACGGCCGUGCUAAUUCUGUUGCCCGGCUCAUUUCCCCUCCUUUCGUUCUUCGUCUUGUCUCCUCCCCUCCUCUCUGGUCUCCAUUUUCCAGCGGAUCCGGCACCGAAGGCGGCAGUAGUAGUGUCUGCCGGGCCUUUGCUGCUCCGUCGGCAUGGCAGCUAACAUGUAUCGCGUUGGAGGAGACUACAGUCUUAUUCAUUCCCCUCCCCCAAUUUGGGUGACACAAUGCGAAGGUUUGGGGGCUAAUUUUCAUCACUGCGUGCAACCCAGAGAGCAUGCACCCAGGUCUGAGUCUGACUGGUUGACGGUUCAGUUGCACUGGACAGCUGGACAUUUUUCACAGAAAGUCACCUUACCCAUCAAAGAUUAUGUCUACUUUGAAAACUCUUCAAGUAAUCCAUAUUUGAUACGUAGAAUAGAAGAACUCAAUAAGACAGCCAAUGGCAACGUAGAAGCAAAAGUGGUGUGUUUCUAUAGACGGAGGGACAUCUCAAGCACGUUAAUCGUACUGGCUGACAAACAUGCAAGAGAAAUGGAAGAAGAGAUGGAAAACCCAGAAAUGAUGGAUUUACUAGAGAAACAGAAACAUCAACUGCGACAUCGAGAACUGUUUCUCUCACGGCAGUUGGAAUCCUUACCAGCCACUCAUAUUAGAGGCAAAUGCAGUGUGACUUUGUUAAAUGAGACAGAAUCCCUUAAAUCUUAUCUGGAACGUGAGGACUUCUUUUUUUAUUCACUAGUAUAUGAUCCACAGCAGAAGACUCUUCUGGCUGAUAAAGGAGAAAUCAGAGUUGGAAACAGAUACCAGGCUGACGUGACAGACUUAUUGAAAGAAGGUGAGGAUGAUGGUAGAGACCAAUCAAAGCUUGAAACAAAAGUUUGGGAAGCAUUUAAUCCACUAAUAGACAAACAAAUAGACCAGUUCCUUGUAGUAGCACGCUCUGUUGGUACAUUUGCUCGUGCUCUAGACUGCAGCAGUUCUGUUCGGCAGCCGAGUUUGCACAUGAGUGCUGCAGCAGCAUCGAGGGAUAUCACACUGUUCCACGCCAUGGAUACUUUGCACAAAAACAUCUAUGACAUUUCCAAGGCAAUUUCUGCCCUUGUGCCACAGGGUGGGCCUGUCUUAUGCAGGGAUGAGAUGGAGGAGUGGUCUGCUUCUGAGGCAAAUCUCUUUGAAGAAGCCCUUGAAAAAUACGGGAAAGAUUUCACUGAUAUUCAGCAAGAUUUUCUUCCGUGGAAGUCCUUAACCAGCAUAAUUGAGUAUUACUAUAUGUGGAAAACAACAGAUCGAUAUGUUCAACAGAAACGAUUGAAAGCUGCAGAAGCAGAAAGCAAGCUAAAGCAAGUAUAUAUUCCUAAUUAUAACAAGCCAAACCCCAACCAGAUCAAUGUAAAUAAUAUCAAACCAGGAGUGGUAAAUGGUACAGGAGUUCAAGCACAGAACACAGGAACAGGACGAGCUUGUGAAAGCUGCUAUAUGACACAAUCUCAUCAGUGGUAUUCUUGGGGUCCUCCUAACAUGCAAUGUCGUCUUUGUGCAUCUUGCUGGACAUACUGGAAAAAAUAUGGAGGCUUGAAAAUGCCAACACGGCUAGAUGGAGAGCGGCCAGGGCCAAAUCGAAACAAUUUGAGUCCUCACAGUGCGCCCGUGAGAAACGGCGGGAGCCCCAAGUUUGCCAUGAAAACACGGCAGGCUUUCUAUUUACACACAACAAAGCUGACCAGACUUGCCAGACGAUUAUGCAGAGACAUCUUGCGUCCAUGGCAUGCAGCACGGCACCCUCAUAUGCCUAUCAACAGUGCAGCAAUCAAAGCAGAAUGUGCAUGUCGUUUGCCAGAAGCAUCAGAAAAUGUGUUGUUACUAAAACAAGUCAUCAGAAAACCUUUAGAAGCAGUACUUCGGUAUCUAGAAUCGCAUCCCUGCCCUCUGAAACCUGAUCCUGCUAAGAGUUUGUCUGGCUCUCUCAAUAGUGUGCCUUGUGCUAAGUUUGCUCCAGUCAUGAACAAUGGAUCUCCAACUAUCCUGGGAAAAAGAAACUAUGAGCAGCACAAUGGGAUGGAUGGCAACACGAAGAAGCGCCUUUUGAUGCCUAGCAAGGGUCUGCCUAACUACGGACAAACCAGACAAAUGGGACCAAGUCGAAACUUGCUACUCAAUGGGAAAUCAUACCAAACAAAAGUCCGGUUAAUCCGUGGUGGAACCACGUUUCCAGUGAAAGGGAGGAGGAUGAACUGGAUUGACGCUCCCGAUGAUGUUUUCUACAUGGCCACUGAGGAAACCAGGAAAAUCCGCAAGUUGCUUUCUUUCUCUGAAACUAAGCGAGCUGCAAGACGGCCUUACAAGCCAAUUGUCCUCUGGCCAUUACAGGGCAUACAUCUACGACAGCCUGUGAAUGAUGAACCGAUAAUCAUUGAAGACUAAAACAAACCGGACUGGUUCUUGAAACACUGGUGAAGUAGCCAGAAAACUUGGCUCAACUCCCACAUACUGUACUGUAAAUUCUAUGGCCAGAGUGUUGAAUCCACUGCUUGUGAGAAGGAACGAAACUUCACCAAUAUGAGUCCAGAAUGGAACUUGGCCCUGCUCUGGAUCUUCAUGGCCACAGAUUGCAAAUGUGUGCGCUUUCUCCUUUAAAAAAAAAUGGUAGCAGAUUUUUCUUUUGCUUGUAGUUUAUUCUGCUCUUUUUGUAAGCAAGUGGGAAACAAAGUAAAUUUAACUUAUUGAAAACAUGGAGGAUAGUCAUCUUAGCAUAUUCAGUUUUCUCUUUUUAUAAAGGGAAACCCAGAUGGCUUCAUUUUAUGACUGAACUUUCAUUGCCAAUCUGUUUUAUGAGACUUGUAAGUUGUGUAUGUGUAUUUCUGUCAACAGUACCAUUUUUAAGUUCCAUUUAUAUUAUUUCUUUGUAGAUAAAGUGCCAAUGUUUAUCUGUUAUAUCUGGAAAUAUAGGAUCUGGAAA